UCAGUGCAGAUGGAACUCACCAUUUUUUACGAGAUCAUUCAUUGUUGUCGUACAAUAAAUCACCUUCUUUAUAUCUAAUUUGAUACGUCGCUUUUAGGAGACAAUGUAUCCGUUAAUGUUCACAUUUACAGCCUUCUUACUAUGCAUUCCAGCUACAUUUGGAAAAACUGUGUCGGGAGUUUUCAAGAGCGAUGCAGCCAGAGAGCAGAAUGGACAGUACAUCACAAAAUUCAUGUACAACGUGGGUAGGGGUCUGGUGGUGUGCAGGCUGGAGAAUGCUACCCUGGCCAUGGAGAAGGAGUCCAGACUGCUGCUCUUCCCGGAGACGGAGGACGGCUUUGACAUCGACAACCUCAGCUGCCACGACCGCCUCUCCAAGGCACAGCUCUCCAUCCGUCUGAGUGAGGAGGAGCACAACCAGAGCAUCCCCCACCUUCACUCCCCCACGGCCUGGAUGGCGCUGUAUGCAGACCGCUACACCUGUGGGGAGGGGGGCAUCAUCCCUGCCCACGGGGACCUGACCUUCACCAUCCUGCUGUUCAACCCUGAUUCGGCAGGCAACCCCCUGGAACACUUCAGCGCUGAGGAGGCAGGCCUGUAUAGUUUCUACUGUCUGCUGAUCCUGGCCUACUUUGUGGCAUCCUGUAUCUACAUUCAGCCUCUGUGGAUGGCCCUGAGAAAGGGUGGGCCCAUGCAAACGGUGCUGAAGGUGCUCUCCACAGCCUUGGCCCUACAGGGGAUCUCUGCCCUCUUCAACUACAUCCACCUGGCCAGGUAUGCCAGGGAUGGAGUGGGCAUUCCUAUCAUGGGCAGCUUGGCUGAGUUCUGUGACAUGGUAUCCCAGGUGUCCAUGCUGUACAUGCUGCUGAGUCUGUGUGUGGGCUGGACCCUGAGCAAGAACAGGAAGCCCCAGAGCAGACCUCUCCAGUGGGACUCUUCCCCCGCCUCCAAAGCCCUCGCUAUGGGAGGGGUCGUCACACAGGGGGUGCUACUGCUGUGGGAGCAGUAUGAGGAGACGGAGCACCACAGCUACCACGCCCAGCGCAGCAUAGCGGGUCUGUUACUCAUAUCUCUACGUAUCAUCCUGGCCUUGCUGCUGGCCUCCGUGCUCUACACCAUCAUCAGCACAGAGAGGAGCGCCCUCAAGAGAGACUUCUACCUCAGCUUCGCCAAGGGUUGUUUUAUCUGGUUCCUGUGCCACCCUGUGCUGGUUUUACUCUCUGUGGUUUUCAAUGAGCAUCAGAGAGAAAAGGUUGUGACAAUCGGUGUGAUUCUAUGCCAGGCUAUCUCGGUGGUAAUCCUCUACCAGCUUUUCCUGUCCCGUAGCUUAUACUGGGAAGUAUCUUCUCUCUCCUCUGUCUCACUACCCCUCACCAUGUCCAGAGGGGGCCGGGGACGCUACUGACCCCGCGUGCAGGGGGAACACUUUCAAUGUGAAACACGCCGAGGGCGAAGGGAUACACCGUGACACCUGCAGUUAAAGGGACAAUACUUCCACUUCUCUCCGCUCACUCACGGCAAAGGUUCCCCCACAGAUGGGUGAGGAAAGAGGAGGGUGGGAUGAAGAGAAGUAGGAAGUUCACCCACAAAUAUAGAAGAGAAGAGGAAUGAUGGCCUGCUCAUGUAGCUGGAUAGCACACCUAUUUAAUAGCCUCCCAAACAGGAUGAGAGUGAGACCUGGGUUUAAGCGCACAUAAAGUAUGUAUGUAAAUGAGACUCAUUUGUUAGUAUACAACAGAUGUGGACACAGGUAACUGCCAAAAUAAUGGAAACCCUUGAGUAAAAUAGGAAUCCAAAGUAUAUUAAAAGCAGGUGCUUCCACACAGGUGUGGUUCCUGGGUUAAGCAAUUCACAUCCCAUCAUGCUUAGGGUCAUGUAUACAAAUUCUGUCUGCCAUGGCUGUGGCCCUACAGGAUGACAAUGUCCCCAUUAACAGGGCACGGGUGGUCACUGAAUGGUUUGAUGAGCAUGAAAACUAUGUAAACCAUAUGGCCGUCUCAGUCCCCAGAUCUCAACCGGGGACGGUGUUUUCCACCAUCAUCAACAAAACAUCAAAUGAUGGAAUUUCUCGUGGAAGAAUGAUGUCGCUUCCCUCCAAUAGAGUUUGAGAAUCUAUGCCAAGGUUUAUUGAAGCUGUUCUGCCUCGUGGCACAACACCCUAUUAAGACACUUUAUGUUGGUGUUUUCUUUAUUUUGGCAGUUACCUGUAUGUUAUUUACAAUUGUAGUAUGUAUGUGUGAAGUUGUGGUUUACAGUUUUAUUUUGAAUGUCAAACUUGGGCUGGAUUUGAUGUCUCUUUUUAAUUUUCUGACUGAGUAUAAGACUCCCAAAAUGUUAUAGGUUUAUAAUAGAUUACAAUGAAAGGUUACCGAUUGUCAAAUUCAUUGCCGAUAAAGAUAACCAGGCUCGGACUGAAAUACCGUUGAUCCAUAGAGAUAUGGAUCCAUGUUCAGUGUGGUAAAUCUCAAACCCAUAAUUUAGUCUGAUCUUAACUCUGUCAGAAAUAUAAAGUUGGGUCUUUUUUUUUUAAACAGAGUUGCUUCACACUGUUUUACUGCCGUUUCAUUCUAUUGUCGUCAAUUGAUUGUUCUUUCUGCGAGGUGCAGGUUUAGGGUGUGCUGAAGCUAUUACAGAAAUCACAUGGAACUCAUGGAAUCUUUGUGUCAUCCCCAGCACUCCAACACUGCAGCUAGUUGCAUGUGUGAGAAUCGUAUUACUAUUAUUAUGUGUACUUAUUGAAUUAUACUUGAAUAUGAACGCUUGGUAUUUUGUCUGACAUUGGAGCUAGACAUGUGCAAUGUUUAAAUGUAGCUUUAUUUUCUUGCUCAAUCGUCGUAAGUGCCUGAGAAGACAAUCACUUUGCUAGUAGAGAAGGUACCUGUGUUUGUCUAUGAAAAGAUGGGUUUCACAUUGACAUACAUGUCCAGUCUGAUAGUUAAGUUAUGCAGAGAUAUUGGGGGGGAAAUGGUCAACAGAGCAGUGACUGUGUAAUGUUCCUAUUAAGCAUGUUUAUAACACUGUUUAAAUUCAUUACUGUAUACUUUUGUAAAAUAAGUCGUCCUUCUGUAGCUCAGUUGGUAGAGCAUGGCGCUUGUAACGCCAGGGUAGUGGGUUCGAUUCCCGGGACCACCCAUACGUAGAAUGUAUGCACACAUGACUGUAAGUCGCUUUGGAUAAAAGCGUCUGCUAAAUGGCAUAUAUUAUUAUUAUUAUUAUUUAUCAGAUGCUAAUGCAAUACAAGAACAUGUCUGCAGGGGGCAGCAGUUCUCUUGAUCUGUUACAGUAGCUUAUGUUGACCAGCGUUUCUCAACCCUGGUCCUACCAAUAUCCCCAACGGUGAACUUUUGUAUUGUAACCCUGGACAAGCACACCUGAUUCAACUUGUCAACUAAUCAUCAAGCCCUCAAUUAGUUGAAUGAGGUGUGUUUGUCAAGGGCAACAAUGAAACGGUCUAUUUUUGAGCAAAGACACUGCUGUAGACUACUCUCAACCAAUGCAAACUCAAACCAUAGAAGUGACUGGUGUCUUUGCUCAAACUGCCUGCAUUCUCAUUCAACAACUAAAUGCAUGAUAAUUCUGGAUAAUUCAAACAUGGAAGGACAAACCACGAAAUGUCACAGUUGCUAGGAAAUGCCACCACGACGCUCCACCUUGAGUACACAAACAGUUUCCCGCCUCUCCACUUCCACAAAUGGAUAUGAGAGGCUAAUAUCAAACACUAACAUCAGAGCUAAGCCAAGUCAGUCUCACUUCAUUUGGGUAGUUGCUUGCAGAUAUAUAAUCAUCUUUGGUUGGUCAUUGGUUUCGGUCCGGCUGCUAUUGGUUCCAGUAUGUGACACUAAAUAGGCCAAUAUAAAUAGUAGCCUACACAACACAGUCAAAGUUGUGGAAACAUGCUGUGGAAUGUGGUUAAACUAACCCCAGACUUCUAAACAGUGAAAAGGGGAGGAGUCAUGUUACUGAUGUUUCUCCACUACCUGCCUGUUGUCUUUGGUGGUUUCAGAGUCACUGUAGCUGGUUAUAAUCCUUGUUUUCUGGAUGCUCUUCUUCUUUCACUCAUUUUACCUUCAUGUUGCAAAAGAUCAAGAACAUACCAUGAACUAUGAUUGCUGUGUUUACACAGGCAGCCCAAUUGGGGGGAUUGAGCUGCCUGUGUAAACGCAGCCUAUAUGGCACUGAACCUUAUAUGAAUUAAACAAUUUGAGAAUGGUUGGCUAUUAGUGACAGUGAGGACAAGGCCAGCAGCAAAGUAGUGCUCACUCCCACACCAGUCCCAUACUGCUGUUUAAACCAGCACAGGGGCACCUGGUUACACACAUCAGUGGCUCCCUACAGACCAGACCAUGGUGUCCAUCUUGGGUCUUUUCAGGACACUGGUUACCCACUGGGCUAUUUCUGACCUCAGGCACACCAGGACACUGUGGGCUGAGGGGGAUGAAUACACACAGGACUUAUUUUCCUGCAAUACCACCAUUAACUCCUUUUCUUGUAUUAUGCAAAUAGUCUGACAACAGGAACGUGCUUGGGCUAAUACUGUAACAUUCAUUUGCACCUUUUUUGACUCUACCACAGAAAGUAGUACCAAUUCAGGCAGUACAAUUCCAUUACAGGGGGGACUUUUUUAAUAGUGUUCCUUUAGAUAAGGGGGUUUCUAUGUAUUCUAUAUCUAGGUCAGGUAGAGAGUAGCGUAGCUGGCAGCCUGAAACCACAGGCAAAGAUGGACAGUUUCUGUUAAUGUAUUUGAAAUACUUAUUUGAAUUCAGAGUAUUUUGUCAUUUGACUUACACUUGGCUGAACUACAAUCCAAUGUAUUUUGUAUUUUCAAAAUACUGCAAUUUGGAUUGUCAAAAUAAAAAAUACUUUUCUAUACCA